GCUCGUGUUAGCAGGUACCACAGCUAUUCUCGACCCAACCCAAAGCCCAGACCCACGAUCUGUUCCAGCGACGUUUACCAGCGGAGGGGCGUUGGCGUUUACUCGGUGGGAGCACGUUAGGACAUCCAGUUAUCAACAUGCCUGGGGUCACCAUGCCGCUGGGGGAGGCGGUCUGCACGCGCUGCGAGGUGGGCUUCGACCCGUCCGAGCAGAUCGUCAACUCUGCCGGCGAGCUCUGGCAUCCGGACUGCUUCGUCUGCGCCCAGUGCUUCCAGCCGUUCCCCGAUGGCGUGUUCUACGAGUUCGAGGGGCGCAAGUACUGCGAGCAUGACUUCCAGGUGUUGUUCGCGCCCUGCUGCCAGCAGUGCAAUGAGUUCAUCAUCGGCCGCGUCAUCAAGGCGAUGAACGCGAGCUGGCACCCGGCCUGCUUCCGCUGCAACAUGUGCAGCAAGGAGCUGGCCGACCUGGGCUUCAUCAAGAACGGCAACCAGGCGCUCUGCCACGACUGCAAUGCGCGCAUCCGCCUGCAGGGCACGGGCCGCUACAUGUGCCACAAGUGCCAUGCCGUGGUGGACGGGGAGCCGCUGCGCUUCCGCGGCGAGCUCUACCACCCGUACCACUUCAACUGCAAGGCGUGUGGCAUCGAGCUGGACUCACGCGCGCGCGAGGUCAAGUCGCGCGCCGGCUACACGUCCUGUCGAGCUGAACGAGCUGUACUGUCUGCGCUGCCACGACAAGAUGGGCAUCCCGAUAUGUGGCGCGUGCCACCGGCCCAUCGAGGAGCGAGUGGUCACCGCGCUCGGCAAGAACUGGCACGUGGAGCAUUUCGUGUGCGCCAAGUGCGAGAAGCCCUUCCUGGGCCACCGCCAUUACGAGAAGAAGGGUCUGGCGUACUGCCGCACCGACUACCACCUGCUCUUCGGAAACAUCUGCUUUGUGUGCAACUACGUCGUCGAGGACGAAGUGGUGCGCUCGCUGAACAAGGCCUGGUGCCCGCAUCACUUCGCCUGCAGCGUCUGCGAUCAGCCGCUCACGCGCAAGUCCAAGUUCUUCGAGAUGGACAUGAAACCGGUGUGCAAGAAGUGCUACGAGAAGCUGCCGCACGAGCUGCGCCGCCGCCUCAAGCGGCUGCACGAGAGCGAGGGUCCCGGCAUGGUUUCCGCCGAGUUCAUGGAGGCCGAGUAGUAAGGACCGUCUUGUGCAGAUUUGUGUCGAAUAACCGACUCACUGGCCCUGCCGAUAACGUCGAAAUUGACCGCUGCAUCUGUCAAGCUGCCGUUCACCCUCACCGUCACCUCCGGCGCAUGGAAUGGCUCAUUCUUGUUACGGGGAAACAAAUUGAGACCAAGACUGGAUGGCGAGUGCUUUCACGUGAGACCAGCUGUUUACUUUUGAAAAGACAAAAGUUCUCGCGCAUCGUCAUGUGAAUUUUUAAAGUUUUUGAUGGUAAUGUAUGCAUGCUGCGGUAAGAUCUGAUUUGUCGAGUGGUCUCUUCUCCAUUUUUCCAGUCUAGACCCAUCAGGCGCUGCUGAAAAGGCUUGGGUUGGAAUUAUUCCGUGAAUUGAGAUGCAUUUCCCAUUCGCCUGAGGGACGGCAGCUUGAUGGAACAUAACGCGGGCUGGUACGGUGGCGGGUUUAAUUCAUUUGAUGUACACAUUCGUCAACGAUAUUUACAACUGACCUGUCGACUAACUAGUUAAUGCCCCAGGCAGUCCCACCGGCUGGAAGUGUUUGGUAACCGGAACAAGCAGUGACCGAAUAAACGACUAACGGUUUUAACCACAGAAUGUGGUCCGUAGUUCAACUAAUGGUAUAUCAGACAUUGAAACUAACGCCGCGCCUGUAUAGACGGCUGUCAAACUUUUGCUUUAUGCUUCGAAAGUCUGCUACCACAGUGUAAGUGGUGUAAACCAGUGCCACCAGAAUGAAGAGUGAUUGGGCUGCGUACUAUCGUCUUCCAUGACAGUCAAGCCUGUAUCUUUUUGGCCAGGUGCGUCGCUUGCCCGAUAUGUUGCCCACAGGCUGUCAUGUUGGGUGGUGAUUCCAAGAACACUGGACUUGACAAUGUUAGGCUUUCGGCUCGCCUGUUUUGAUUCAUACGACAAUGGGGGUCCUGUUACUAAUCACCUGCCGGGGCAGUUGAUAUGUCACGGUGCAUAUUACAAAGGUUGGCCGCGUGCAUCGAUGUCGUGACGAACGCCAGUUUUGUGACUGGAUGUCCGUGGCGGACAAUGGGCUCGUACGUUAAUGCCUUCGCAAAGUACUGCUCCCGUGUUCCGCCGCGUGUAACGGGCAUGGCGUGUAUUCCUCGCUGCCCGUGGCGGACAGGGCCUGGUGACAUCUCACGACGACACGACACCAGACGAGCCGCACGGCCCGACCCACGUUAUGUGCAGACGUCAGUCCAUUACCCCAACGCCUCCCAUGAAUACCGCCAACUGCUACCAGUGCGUGUGCGUGUGCGUGUGUGCGUGACGGGCAUCAUCGCUGCACCGGGGCGCCCGACCCCGACACCCCGGACGCGCGUGACGAGCAGUCCGUCCGCGAGAAGACCCGUCACGGAGCCGUCCCCUCCGUGCCGGGUCGUGACGGACCGUGUCCCUCCACGGCGCCGUCUGUCACGCGCGUCUCGGCGGCCGGCGCUCUUGCAGAGGGAGAUCUCGACGGUGGAGUAGGCCGGCAGCGCCGCCGCCGGUGUCUCCCCGGACAGCCGGCGUGCCGUGGUGGUCAUG